AUGGGCAACGUUGUUUCAGUCUUUUCUCCGGGCAACGGUCACCGCAUCGAGGGUUCCAAGGAAGAGCUCGAGCAGAAGCUCGCCGACAGAGAGGAGACCAUCACCGUUCUCGAGGAGGACCUCUCCAAGAAGGAGAAGCAGUACACCUCCCUCUCCGCCGAGGCCGACGACCUGCGCCAGAAGAUCCAGGAGCUCGACGCCCAGCUGACCUCGUCCAACAACGAGAGCAAGGCCCGCAUCGCCACCCUCGAGUCCGACCUCGCCGCCAGCAACGACAAGGUCGCCCAGCACCUCCACGCCAACGGCACCGCCGACUCCCAGCGCUCCCAGGAGCUCGACAACGCCAACAAGCAGCUCGCUCUCCUGCAGGAGCAGCUCAACACUGUCCAGCAGGAGAAGAAGGCCCUCGAAGAUGACCUCGCCGCCGUGAAGGGCCAGCUGGCCGAGGCCAAGAAGGACCGCGAGGCGCUCGAGGUCUCGUUGCGCGAAGAGGUCCAGUCGCUUCAGGCUCGCCUGACCGAUGCCGACCAGGCCCGCUUCACCCUGCAGGAGACCCUCGACAAGAUCAAAGCCGACGCCGACACCACCACCAAGUCGCUCGGCGAGAAGGUCGCCGCCCUCACCACCCUCGAGGGCAAGCUCUCGGCCCUCGAGGGCGAGCACACCAAGCUCAAGACAGCCACCGAGGCCGAGCUUUCCGCCGCGACCGAAAAGCACGCGAGCCUCCAGCAGGCCCUCGAGAAGCUCAGAGCCGACUCCGACUCUGAGCUCGCCGCCGCCAAGAAGGACCUGAGCGACGCCCAACAAAAGUUCACUGCCCUGCAGCAAACCCACGACGACCUCAAGAACGGUGCCGAUGCCAACGUCUCCUCCGCCCAGAAGGAUCUCGCCGACGCAAAGGAGAAGCUCGCCGCUCUCCAGCAAACCCUCGACCAGCGCAAGACCGAGGCCGACUCCCAACUCGAGGCUGCCAAGAAGGAACUGGCCGAUGUACAGGCCAAGUUCGCCGAACUCGAGGACAACCACAACAAGGUCAAGGCCGGCUCCGAUGAGCAGGUCGCAACCACCAAGAAGGAGCUUGCCGAGGCCCAGCAGAAGGUUGCCACCCUCCAACAGGCCAUCGACACCCUCAAGUCCGAAUCCGAGUCCGAGCUGUCGACCACCAAGAAGAACCUUGCCGACACACAGGAAUCUCUCGCCGCGCUGCAGCAGACCAACGAGAAGGCCAAGGCCAACUCGGACCAGGAGCUCGCCGCUGCCAAGAAGACUCUCGCCGAGACGGAAGAAAAGUACGCCAAGCUGCAGGAGACUCGCGACGCCGAGCUUGAAGCCGCCAAGAAGAAUGUUGCCGACUGGGAGCAGAAGUACACCAAGUUGGAGCAGACCCUGAAGGCCCAACAAGAGGCCCAGUCCAGCUCCAGCGCCGAUCUCGAGGCCGCGAAGAAGACCCUUGCCGAGUCGGAGGAGAAGUACGCCAAGCUGCAAUCGACCCUCGCCACCGAGCUUGAAUCGGCCAAGAAGGGCCUGUCCGAGUCGGAGGACAAGUACACCAAGUUGGAGCAGACGCUGAAGGCUCAGCAGCAGGCCCAGUCCAGCUCGAGCGCCGAGCUCGAGGCCGCGAAGAAGGCGCUUGCCGAGGCGGAGGAGAAGCACACCAAGUUGCAGUCGGCCCACGCCGCUGACCUCGAGGCCGCAAAGAAGAACGUUGCCGACUGGGAGGCCAAGUACAACAACCUUGAGAAGUCUCACAAGGAGUCGCUGUCUGCCUCCAACGCCGAGCUCGAGUCCGCGAAGAAGAGCCUGGCCGAGUCGGAAGACAAGUACGCCAAGUUGCAACAGGCACACACUGCCGAGCUCGAGGCCGUCAAGAAGAACGUCGCCGACUGGGAAAGCAAGUACAACAAGCUGCAAGAGUCACAGUCCAGCUCUGCUGCCGAACUCGAGUCGGCAAAGAAGAGCCUGUCCGAGUCGGAGGGCAAGUACAAGGAGCUUCAGCAAGCGCAAGAAAAGGCCCAAUCCGAGUCCAAUGCCGAGCUGGAGGCCGCCAAGAAGAGUGUGUCGGAGUGGGAGCAGAAGUACAAGAGCCUCGAGAAGGCACAGGAAAAGGCUCAGACCGAGAGCAUUGCCCAGUUGGACGCUGCUAAGAAGGCUGCGGCGGAUUGGGAGGAGAAGUACAAUGCCCUGCAACAGGCUCAGGAGAAGGCUCAGUCCGAGUCUAGUGCCGAGGUCGCCGCUGCAAAGAAGAACGUCGCCGAAUGGGAGGCCAAGUACAACGACAUCAAGCAGUCUCAUGAGAAGGCCCAGUCCGAGUCAAGCGCCGAGCUUGAGGCUGCCAAGAAGAGCGUCAUCGAGUGGGAGAGCAAGUUCAAGACCCUACGGGAGACCAGCGACAAGACCCAGUCCGAUGCCGCAACCGAGGUUGCCUCUGUCAAGCAGAGCCUGGCCGAUGCGGAGACCAAGUACAAGUCUCUGGAGGAAGCCCACGAGAAGGCAAAGGCCAGCUUCGAGAAGGAACACUCGGCCACGAAGAAGAGCUUGUCCGACCUCGAAGCCAAGUACAGCACCUUGCAGCAGACUCACGACAAGACAAAGAGCGAGUCCUCAGAGGAGUCCUCGCGCUUGAGCAAGGAGCUCGCGGACCUGCAGACCAAGUUUGCCGACCUCGAAAAGGCCAGCGAGACCAGCAAGAAGAGCGACACUGCCGAGCUCGAGAGCGCCAAGAAGGAUGCUGCCACCUGGCAAGAGAAGGCCAAGCAGUCCGACUCUGCUCGCGACUCCCUCACCAAGGAGCUCGAGGCAUCCAAGAAGGACCUGGCUGCCGCAGAAGUACGCGCAAAGGAGGCUCAGUCCAAGCUCGAGGCGGAACUCCAGAAGCUCCGCGACGAGCUCGCCAAGCCUGCGGCUGUGAACGGCGACAAGCCCACUGCCGAGGCCGCCGAGGAGAAGAAGCCCAAGGAGGAGACCGUUGCGGCAUGA